AUGCGUACCGAUGUGGGCUCCAUCUCUUUAAUGUGUAUUCUCUCCACACUGACGUCCGGCGUCUUCGGAUAUCUACCAACCGAGGACCUCACCAAUUCCAUAAUCCCUGGAAAUGGCGGAUUUCCAGUUGUACCUACAGACACCAUCAUUCCAACAGAUGGUGAUGAAGAUGGCUCCCCAGACGAAGAUUCAGAAGACACGGACAUCUAUCGAAAGAAGACGUCGACAUUCAGAAGACGUAACAUAAAUGCUCCAUUCGGAGGACGCGUCCCCUUCAGCAGAAUGGCUUAUAAGUCCGGGUAUGGCUCGAAUCGGGGAUUUCCAAGACCGAUGGGCAACGGUUUCUACGAACGACCAUCGAAUCCAUAUGGUACCGUUAAUCUUGGUGGUGGAUCCCCAUACGCCCCACCAGAUGAAUACAAUGUGCGCCCCACUGCACCAUUCUCCGGGCUGAUUGGUGGAAGUCGUGCUGGCUACUACGGGAGUACUGUAGGCAUGAGAAGAGGAGCUGUACCGCCGAUGAGCUCGAGGAAGUCAAAAAUGGGUCCGCCACAAACUGAAUAUCCACCUGACUACGCUUCCAACGAUCUUAUGAGUAGCUUCAAUGGAGCUACCAACUCAGCAAUCCCUUCUCUUCGGGAACUUGCCACGUACGCUUCACGCUAUGGUCCCGCCUAUCUUCGUGAACGAUUCGGAGCUCAUGAGGAACGUCUUCCGUAUGGUGGAGGACCACAAGUGCCACCACGUGGCGGUGGAAUGCCAAUUGACUUCAAUAUGAACAUUGCGUCGAACCAUUGGAACAAAGGACCGAUGGGAAUCAUGUCGAGAGAUGUUGAUUCUUAUCAACAUGACGAUGCGGCGAAAACAAACAAAAAGACAUCAACCACCACUACCGGCUCGCCGAGCACGAGCACAAGGAAACCGAGGAAGGCGAGGAAACCAGCCAAGAAGACCAGCACCACGACAACCACAGUGAAGCCGAUGAAGACGAAGAAGGCAGCUGGAAAAGAAAAUUGA